CUAGAACCUUCAAGAAGUUUAAGAAACUGAAAAAAAAGUAUCAAGUACUUCAAAAAGUAAUCAGAAAUUUCGAAAAAUCCACUAGAACCUUCAAGAAGUUUAAGAAACUGAAAAAAAAGUAUCAAGUACUUCAAAAAGUAAUCAGAAAUUUCGAAAAAUAACUAGAAACUUCGAAAAGUAACCAAAAAUUUCGAAAAGUAACUAGAAACUUCAAAAAGUAACCAGAAAUUUCGAAAAGUAUCUAGAAACUUUAAAAAGUAACCAGAAAUUUCGAAAAGUGACUACAAACUUCGAAAAGUUACCAGAAACUUCGAAAAGUAACUAGAAACUUAGAAAAGAAACCAAAACCUUCCAAGAAGUUCAUAAAACUUUCAAAAAGUAACUAGAUCUUUUGUAGCUUGACUGGAAAUUUCGAGAAGUUUAAAAAACUUUGAAGAAACGACUAGAAAUUUUGUAAAAGUAACAAGAACCUUUAAAAAAGUAACUAGAACCUUUGAAAAGUAACUAGAAACUUCGAUCAGUUUAAAAAACUUCUAAGAAGCAGCUUGAAACAUUGAAGAAUAAAGCAGAAAUUUUAAAAAAUAACCAAAAAUUUGAAAAGUAACUCGAAAGUUUGAAAAAGUAACUUGAAAGUUCGUAAAGUAACUAGAAACAUUGGCAAAGUAACUUGAAAGUUUGUAAAGUAACUAGAAACUUUGAGAAAUUAACUAAAACCAUUAAAAAGUAAGUAGAAACAUCAAGAAUAAUGAGAAACUUUUGAAGAAACAACCAAAAAACUUCGAAGAAGUAACUAGAAACUUCAUAAAAGUAACAAGAAACUUCUAAAAGUAACUAGAAACUUUGAAAAAGUAACCAGAUCCUUGAAGCAGUUUAAAAAAUGUCAAAAAAAUAAUUAAAAAAUUUUGAAGUAAAAACUAAAAACUUCGAAAAAAUAACUAGAAUCAUAAAAAAGUUAGUAGGAACCUUAAAAAAUAACUAUAAACUUUGAAAAGUAACCAAAAAUUUCGAAAAGUAACUAGAAACUUUGGAAAAAUAACUAGAAACUACAAAAAAGUAACCAAAAACUUCGAAAAGUAACCAUAAAUUUCGAAAAGUAACCAGAAACAUUGAAAAGUAACUAGAAACUUUAUAGAGUAAAUAAAAUUUUUUAAAAAUAAUCAUAAACUUUGAAGAAGCAACGGGAAACUAUUAAAAGUAACUAGAAACUUCGAAAAAAUAACUAAUAACUUUGGAAGAAUAACUAGAAACUUCGAAAAAAUAACCAGAAACUUCGAAAAGUAACUAGAACCUUAAAAAAAAUAACUAGAAACCUCGAAAAAGUAACUAGAAACUUAGAAAAGUAACCAGAAAUUUCGAAAAGUAACUAGAAACUGUGAAAAAAUAACUAGAAACUUCGAAAAAGUAACAAGAAACUUUCAAAAGUAACUAGAAAGUUUGGAAAAAUAACUAGAAACUUCGAAAAAAUAACCAGAAACUUCGAAAAGUAACUAGAAACUGUGGAAAAAUAACUAGAAACUUCGAAAAAAUAACCAGAAACUUCGAAAAGUAACUAGAAACUUUGGAAAAAUAACUAGAAACCUCGAAAAAGUAACUAGAAACUUAGAAAAGUAACCAGAAAUUUCGAAAAGUAACUAGAAACUGUGAAAAAAUAACUAGAAACUUCGAAAAAGUAACAAGAAACUUUCAAAAGUAACUAGAAAGUUUGGAAAAAUAACUAGAAACUUUGAAAAGUAACCAGAAAUUUCGAAAAGUAACUAGAAACUGUGAAAAAAUAACUAGAAACUUCGAAAAAGUAACGAGAAACUUUGAAAAGUAACCAGAAACUUUUGAGAAGUAACUAGAAAGUUUGGAAAAAUAACUAGAAACUUCUAAAAAGUAACGAGAAACUUCGUGGAUUAACUAGAAAUUUCGAAGAGUUUAAGAAAAAAACCAUUUGAAAAAAAAACUUCCGUGAAGUUAAAAGAAAAAUUAUGUUCCUAACCUAAACGAAAAAGAAAGGUGAUUUUAUGAUUUUGAAUGGAGCGAUGAGUACAUUGCCCAGAAGGGGUUUUGUGCCCCAUCGUCAGAGGCACCAUCGUCAUCAACAACAUCAUCAUCAACAACAACAUCACAGUCAUAAUCAUCGUAAUGUAAAACAUUAUCAAGAUCUUGUAACAUCACCCGAUGAAGAAUCAGAAAUUAAAAGACCCAAAGUUAAUCCAAUUUUUCUAUGGGCAUCGCAGCACGAUCAAAAAAUUGUCGAAGUACGCUGUGAGGAUUAUGAUAAACGUAAUCGUAUUAAAUUAACAAAAACAGCACAAGGAUGGCGUUCAAUACCAAGAACAGCGUCAAAUACAUACGCGGGUGUUAUGAAGAAGAAUUCCUCAUCAUCAUCAUCAUCAUCAGAAAAGGAAAAUGGACCCAAAGAUGACGAACAAUUGAGAAGAUUGGCUAAUGGUGAUUUAGAAGAAUUUGGAAUAAAGGAGAGAAUUAAUGGUGCUUGGAUUAUUGACGAUGAUGAUAAUGAUGAUGAUGAUGGUGAAAAGGAGGAAAUGCGAAAAAUUGAUGAGGAACGUAAAAAAUUGGAAAUGGAGGAAUUGAGAAAAUUGGAGGAAUUAAAAAAAUUGGAAACAAAAUUACGUGAGGAACGUAAAAUGGAGGAAUUGAGAAAAUUGGAGAAAUUAAAGGAAUUAGAGGAGAAAUUGGAACGACAACAAUUUGAGGAAUUACAGCGUAUGGAGCAUUUGAGAAAAUUAGAGGAAUUAAUGAUUAGUGGUAAUCGUAAUCCGGAAUUAAAAAAUAGAAGUGCAAUACGUAAAAGAAGUGAAAUAAGAAGGAAUGAUGAAUUGAGAAAAAAAGAAAGUGAAAUACAAGAGAGACGUAAAAAUGAAGAGUUAAGAAAGAGAGCCGAGAGAAAGAAACGUGAUGUUGUUGAGGUAAGAGAAAAAUUAAAAGUUCGACAUAAAAAGAAAAAAAAGGAACAUGUAGUUUUGGGUUAUUCGACAAUUGAUGGUAUUAAUGCAUGGAAAAUGCGUAAACGACGUAAUGAUCAUCAUAGAACGAAAAAAAGAAAACGAAUUUCCGAGGAGAAUGAUGAAAUUAAAAGAAAGAAACCAAAGAAUAUUGAUUUUGAUCAUUUGAUGCAGCCACGAGUUGUAUUGGAACAAUUGCAAUUGACCGAAAUGGACGAGGGUUUUAAGAAUCGUAAGGAUUUGGAGAUUAAAAUCAAUUCGGCGAUUAGACAAGAUUCGGAGAUUUUUGAAAAUUCUGAAUCUAGAGAACAGAAUUCAAAAUGUUUAGAACCAAAAGAAUUUUUAGAAUCUACAGAACAUUUAGAAUCAAGAGAAAAUUUAGAAGAAUUAGAAAUAACGGAACAUUUAGAAGAGGCGGAAAUUUUAGAAGAACUACAAAUUGAUGACGAGAGAGAUCUAAAAGACGAAAUAGAAAGAAUCAAUGAAAAGGAAUUAACGGAAGAGGAAAAAUUGAAUGAUAAUAUUCUCAAUGAAUUAGAAUCAAAAACCAAUGAAAAUAUCACUGAAAUUAAGGAAUUUGAAAAUGAGAACAAUGAAACUGAUAUUGAAUCAGUUGAUCAUUCAAGUGAUGAUGAUUUUCAGGAUAUAUUAAAAAUGUUAGAUUCCACAUCGUUUACAAGUUCAAAACUUGUAUUAAGUCUUAAAUCGGCAAAAAUUUUAGAGGAACUUGAAUUAUCAUUAAAUGGAAUUGAAGACGAUGUGGAAAAAAAUGAAUUUUUGGAAAAUAAUAAUUUCCCUCCAAUCAAGGAGGCUUUUCUCAAUAAUAAUAACAAUAAUAAUAAUAAUAAUGAGAAGGCAAAAGAUGUGGAAAUAUUUGACAAUGAAGUGGAAAUAAUUGAAGCAACAAAAGAUAAGGAUUUGGAGAUUUUAGAAACUGAUAGUUCAAGAAUUUUGAAAGCAUUGAGAAAUACACCGGGUUUAUCGGUGUCGGUGACAAAAUCACGAUCACCUGAUUCACAAAUGGAAAGGGAAAUUAGAAUUGAUGAGACAAAUCGUUUGUCGAUAGUAAUACCUGAGAAAUUAGGAUUAGAAUCACCUGAGAGUACUGUACAAUUUCCACGAUUGGAAACAGUGGAAAAUAGUGAUGAUGAUGAUGAGGAGGAGGAUACCCAAAUAAUGGAUGAUAAAAAAAAUAAGGAACGUAAGGAGAAACAAUUUCUUGAAAUGAAAUUACGUCGUUUAGAUAAAAAUUCAAAUCCAUUGUUACAAAUUGUAACCAAUGAAGCACAGGCUAAACGUGCAGGUGAAGAAAUUGGUUUUCGAAUUCAUGAAUUAAUGAUGGAUGAUUCAAAAUCAAAUAGCGCAGUAUCACCACAACCAAGUGGUAUUCCUUGUUCUCCAAUUCUUCGUCGUUCAUCAUCAGCCUAUUUAGAACGUUUAUUACCAAGUCCACCGUGUUCGGUGACAUGCUCCGAAGACGCUAAAAAUGAUCUCACUCUUAAAGGAAUUUUAUCAUCUCCCUCUUGUUUGGAAGUUGAUAAAACAUCAAAAGAAGAUCAAAAUCAAAUACUUCAAUUAUUACCACGUCAGCAGGAAAUAAAUAAUGAAUUAUGGAAAUCACAAGAAAAUCAACAACAACAACAACAACAACAACAACAAAUAUAUCAAUCAAAUGGACGUUCUAUUAUUAAUAGUGCACAAAAUGCAUUUCUUAUUGCACAACAAAGAGCCCAGGUAUUUCGUUAUCAACAACAAUUACGUGCAGCAUCAACUAUUGAUGCAUUUCUUGAUCCAACAAUAUCUGAUAAUCAUCAAAGUCCAGCAACACAAUUGAGACAAUUAUUAAAAACAAUGGGUCAUUUAAUACCAGAUCCUCUAUUGGUACCAAGACAUUGUUUACCAGGUUUAGCAGCAGCACCUUCAAUUGAAAUACCAAAAUUAUUAACAUCAAGACCAGAUUUAAGAUUACCUGAAGCAUUAAAUAGGCCGGAAUUACUAAGGGAUCCGGAUCUAUUAGUUAUAUCGAUAGCUCAUCUUCAAUUUGUUCUUGAUCAGGGUCAGGAUACAUUUGGAAAAACUAAUAAUAAUAGUAAUAAUAAUAAUAAUAAUAAUAAUAAUAGACAGUCUCAGGGAUAUAGUGUGAAUCCAAUGAUGGAGAAUGUGAAUAGUACUAUUAGUGGAAAAAAAACAAUUAAUAAUAGUAGUGGUAAUAAUAAUAAUAAUAGUAAUAGGCCAAGGCCAAAAUUAAGUUGUAAACCAAUUGGUACAUUAAUGCCGGCGCCAAUUGAUCUCUCGAGAAAUAGGAAAAAUAGUUCCUAUUCAUCAUUGUUACGUGUACGUACUGGAUUAUUAAAACAAGAAUCUGAAGUUAGUUCAACGGCAAGUAAUAUUGAGGAACAUCAUCAAUUGUGGCAUCCUUUAUUUAGUCGACAAAAGAGACCGCAACAACAACAACAACAGCAACAACAACAACAACAUCAACAAAAUUAUCAAGCCACUUGGCACACGACCACAUUUGCCUCCUGACCGUUGCGAUUUUGACCCGGAUCUUUUGACUCCAACCUUGCGUAUAAUUUCAUCAACAAUCUAAGUAUUCCCGCCAACCAACAAAGCAACUUUAAAUUAACAUCAUUAAGAAGAUAGCUAUGAUUUUUCAUUUAAAUGAUCGUAAUUCAUCUAUUUUUUGUUUCUUUUUUAAAAAGAAAAACAAAAAAAAAAAUUGUCCUAAUAAAUAAUACUAAUUUUUUCGCAAAAAUUCUACAUAUUUGAAAAAAAAAAUUUAGUAAUAAAAUAAAAUUAUUAAAUUCUCGUCUAUUAAACAAUUAAUUUUUUGGGUAUUUUUUAGUUUCUUAGUAAAUUUUAGUUUUUAGUAAAUUUCAAUUUUUUUUUAGUAAUUUUUAGUUUUUAGUCAUUUUUAAAUUAAGGUUUAGUAGAAAAAAUUGAUUAUAAAUAAAUUGGAAAAAAAACAUUCGAUAUCAAAUUUAGUCAAUUGA